AGCCAAUCAGAUUCAUCUGCUGCGUGUGUAACUGUUCUGUGGCUGAACGGCAUUACUGUCUGUAAAUGUAAGUAAAAACGUCUUAUUUUCACAUCGUGUUUUAAAUCUGAUUUAGAAAUCUAGUGUUUCUUUGUUCUGAGCGUGUGACAGUGUAAAACUAAAGCUCUCUCGGGUGUCGUACUGCGCUAAAAGAUCGAUGUUAGCCUGAUGAUGCAGAGUCAUCUGUGACUGCCCCUGUAGCGGUGUUAUUAUGGGAGCAGUGGGCUGACUUGUUCCGGUAAAUACGGUUAUUAUUCCUUACAAAUCUCACUCUUUAUCAUGUUAUUUUCCUACUAUUAUUUUAUUCUUAUCAUAAUCUCGAUGAGUCGUGUUAUUUCUGUAAAGCUGUGACAAAAUAGCAUCCAUCAAAUAAUAUAGAUUCACGUCUAGAAUGAAUGUGGAGUCAUAACUAAUUAUUUAAAAUAAUUACGCAUGUUUUGUAUCAAUAUUUUACCGUGUAUUCUUAUAUCAUCUAUAGGAUUUGCAGUGUCACAGAAGACAAAAAAACAACAUUUUACUCAGAAGUGGACCAGGGUUGCACUUAUUAUAAACAUAUAGGCUGUAUAUGGACAAUCCAAUGCGAUUCAAUUAAUAUAUUGCAGUAUUUAAAUGUAAAAUGGCUGGUAAAAAUGCUUUUGAAUUGAAAGGUUUACCGAGAAAAUAUACCUACAAAACUAACAAAAUUACAAAAAAAACGUGAACAUUUAACACCGUUUGCAAAAAAAGGUACACAAAUUCUUUUAGCAGACAAGUUCUUAUUAUAAUUAUAAUAUAAAUAAAGAUAAAUAUGAUGUUUAAAAAUGUUUUAUGACAUUAACGUUAAGUAAAACGUCUUUUCCUCUGGAAGUUGCUGUUACUUCGCCUGCGCAGUUAACUGAGUGUGACGUCAUAAACUUGCGCCUGAGAGUAAUGCACUUCCCUACAGUCACCAUAAUCAUCAAAACAUUUGACAUUUCUUUUCAAGAGGAUGUGAAACAACAAUUGCAAACAUCUUUUAAGAUGAUGCAGUUGGUUGCACUGUUAAGUGGAAGAGUUACAAAGGGAAGUCGCAUAAGUACUCACAGUUCCCAAAAGAGGAGAGGUUAAGGAGGAUUUUGGGGUAAAUCCUGUCGGCGAGUCACUCUCCCCAAAGACCCGAGACUGUGUUCCCUGUGUAGUGUUACCUCCUGAAAGGGAUAUUCCGGCGUAACAUUAAUUUAGGCUCAAAAACGCCGUAACACCGAGUUAGACACCCCCUCGAGAGAUGAAUGUUGCCGACCGCUUGCUUCUCUAGUUAUACCAACUUUAGUAACGAGGCGCCACACACAAACCUCAACCAAAACGCCACUUUAUAGCCACAAAUAAUGUUCAGAACAGCACCUAACUUCAUCAACAGUACACAUAGGGUCCUAGCCAUAGUACUAGCCAUCAAACAUCUUUUUAGCUUUGCCUGAUUUCUUUAGCAAAGAGACUAAACACAACUCACCUACUAUCUUCCAGCAGCUGCUCGUUCGUAUGGAGACUUCCGGGCGAGUCCAUUACGGACUACAGCGGGGUGACGCAGCUCAAGGAAGAACAUUUAUGAUCAUUUCUUCACGGAAAUGCAAUCAGACCGAGACGCUACGGCAGGAGAACUACCGUGUCUGCAGUGCAAAAUGAUUACUAUGAUGAUUAUUACUUCAAGGAAAUGAUAAAGAAAUGAUCAUAAAUGGUCUUCCUUGAGCUGCGUCACCCCCCUGUAGUCCACAAUGGACUGGCCCGAGGUCUCACUACUAACAAGCGGCUGCUGGAAGAGAGAUCAUCGUUUUUAUGGGGCUUGUUGCAGGGUACUCGCCUUAGCGUACUUGCCUGAUAAUCACUUUACUCAUAACAUCAAUAUUGAAUCCCUGACCCUCCUCUCUUCCCCAGCUGUAGUCUUUUCCUCUCAUCAUGGCCUCUGGAGCUCUGUUCCCCAGCAUGGUGUCUGGGUCUCGUGGCUCCUCCAGUAAGUACCUGGUGGAGUUCCGGGCCGGCAAGAUGACCAUGAAGGGCAGCACAGUGACCCCCGACAAGCGUAAAGGUCAGGUCUACAUCCAGCAGACUGACGACUCCCUCAUCCACUUCUGCUGGAAGGACCGGACCACCGGGAAUGUGGAUGAUGUAGGCGACUCUAAAUGUUAGCACGUCAUACAAGUUUGAUUGAUGUUUGACUUGAAUAACUAUUUAACAUGUUCUGAUCCAGGACCUGAUAAUCUUCCCUGAUGACUGUGAGUUCAAACGGGUGAACCAGUGCACCACUGGGAGGGUCUACGUGCUGAAGUUCAAGGCUGGAUCCAAAAGACUCUUCUUCUGGAUGCAGGUAUGCAGCUGGACAGUCUGUUUCCCUCUUCAGGCUUAAAAAAGGGAAAAAUAUAAAUUAACUUUGCCAAACUUCUAACAAAUGGUUGAUAUUUUUCAUCAUCCAUGCCUGAGAGCUUCAUUUAUGCCAUAAACCCUUAAAAACACACUAAUGAGCCACAAUACUGAAUUUAAUGACUUCAGCCUUUUUGCUCUGAAUUUGACUCAGUUCAGACAGAGUUCUCAUGCCUCUCUUCACUUCAGGGGCACUAAUUGUGUGUUGAGCCAUAUCAAAAAAUAAUCCCCCCUAAAUACACCAUACUACCGUGACUGUGAAGCACAAGUUUUACCUCUAUUUUACUUGAUCUGUUUUAGCGAGACUGCACAGCUUUUAAUUAAAACAAAGUUAUAUUAAACUCAACUCUAAUCCACCCAAGAAUUUAUUUUCCUCAUUUAAGCGCUAGUGAAAGCUCAGACCAUUGUGUGUUUAUGAUCCCAGGAGCCAAAGACUGACAAAGACGAGGAGAUCUGCCGUAAAGUGAACGAAUACCUCAACAACCCACCCAUGCCAGGGGCUCUCGGUAGUGGCGGCAGCGGAGGACAUGAUCUGUCUGCUCUGGGAGGUAACAGAUGCUCCUCCUCUUUCCUUAAAGGGAUAUUCCGGCAUAAAAUUAAUUUAGGGUCAAACACACUAUAACGCAGAGUUAGACACCCCCUCGAGAGAUGAAUAUUGCCGUACAAUAACACGUACAAAAACUUAAAAUAAACUCCCAGAGAAUAUCUUCAAAAGGAACUUCACUCAUCUUGAAGCUUCGUAUGUCUCCCUUUUUUUCAUGUAUAGGGGAAGGAGGUCUGCAAAGCCUUCUGGGUAACAUGAGCCACAACCAGCUCAUGCAACUCAUUGGACCAACUGGACUGGGCGGGAUCGGUAUGUAACGUCUUAACUAACUCCUGAUUGGAUAAGUUGCUGUGAGACAAAAAUGAAGAAUGUAUUAGCAAACGCAGAGAUUAAAGGAGGACAUGUUUUCUUCUCUUUUGAUAACAGGUGGUCUCGGGGCGCUGGCUGGUCCAGGCUUGGCCAACCUCCUGGGCAGCAGCAGUGGCAGCAGCAGCAGCAGCAGCGUUCCUGCAGCUAGUAACUCCUCCACAAGGUGCCCUACCCCUGUUCAACAUCUAACCUCAUUUGCACGAUAUUUGACUUAGUGCUGCCAAAAAACAAGGCAUGAUGUUGAUAGUUUGAGGGGCUGAAAUGUGAGGAAAUGAGAGACAAAAUCAGACCUGUGACUGCUCUGAGAGGGUAGGUGUGUGAAAGAAACAGCUUUUUGUUACUUUCCCCGAAUAUUCAUUUUCCAAAGUUAACUUUAAAAUGACAACAGGAAGAGAUGAUUUGUGAGUUGGCACUACUUUUACAACAUGAAAUCAGCAAUAAAAGAGGGUUUCACUCAGGGAACUAAGAUCAACACAGACAGAAAGUUCCUCACAGGAGCGUUAAGUAUAUUUAGAUCCUCAAAAUAGUUUCAGAUUCAUUUCCUAUUGUUAUUGUUUUAAUUCUUUAAAAAACAGAUAUAGCAGGUGGUCAAUAGUUAACUCUCUUUGUGCUCAUAUUUCCCGAUGCCAUCACUGUUUGACCCUCAUGUACCCGGCCAAACAAGUCCAGAAGCAGAUCCUGUGAAUUCUCAUUAUAUUUCAAAAUUAAAAUGGGAAUAAGCUCCUGACCUUUUAUUGAAUACUUGUCCACUCUUCAUGAAUUAAUAACAGUUUCCUUCCCGUCUGUUCUCACAGUCCGUCCACAGCCGUCACUCCCACUUCUACAUCUACUGCCAGCCGGCUCGGCUCCUCCCAGGUGCCCACCACCCCCAUCACUCCCUCCGCCACCUCAGCAGCCUCCCCCACAGCCACCACUCCCUCCACCCCUGCUGUGACAUCACUGACGGCAGGAGGAGCCAACCCCACGCAGCCGAUCCAGCUGAGAGACCUGCAGAGCAUCCUGGCCACCAUGAACGUGCCGGCCGGCGGACAGGGAGGUGAGAGACGUGCAGAAACUAAACUUCAGUCAAUGUGAUCAGAAAACUUAAUGAACCACCUGAGGGAAGAAACACAAUCAGGGUCUAGUUAGAGUGAUUUCAGGUAAUUCUGCAGGAAAUAAUGAGCUUUGUGAAUUCAACAGUGUCACUUUACUGCAGAGGCAGGACGCCCAAACAAACAGAGCAGUCUGUCGCUGUAUUGAUUGAAUUUUAUUGUGUUACACUACAUUAGGCACAGCUCUCCUGCCUGCUUCAUGGAGAGGAUUUAUCAGCACACCUUGCCAACACAUCCUCAUAUAAAAGCAGAGAGUGCUGAAGGUGAAGGAACAGUAAAUAAAGAGCUGAAAGAAAUAAAAGAGAGCUGAGAUUAGCUUAGGCGCAAACAAAGGAGUCAAAGCAGCUUUGAUCAAUAAGAAGAGAGGAUUCACUAGAGGUGAUGAACACGUUAUCGAUCUCCAGGUUUUACAUUAUACAGCAGAGUCAGAGUUCUGUUUGAUAUUAGUCAUUUUCUGCAGAAGCCAGCUCUUGAUUUAAGAAAAGUAAAGCUCUAAAUCCUUCUGUACUCCAGAAGACAGUUGUUAACCAGCCGGUGAUCAUAAGAGAACAUUUAGCAGCGAAAGAGUCAGACGUUUCUCUCAGGAUUUGGUGAAGACUCUGAGCUGUUCAGGCUGCCAGAGCACUCCGACACGCCAGAAAGAGAUUUAAAAGGGACUGAAACUUCGAGUAGGACUCUGAGGAGAAAAACAAAACCACCAGCAUGUUGAAGACAGUAUAUGUUUGAUUUUUACCAGCAGCCUCCUUGGAGUUAGUCAUCUGUGUUAAGGGGAAAUUCAGGCUGCCGAGGAUCAGGAGGUGAACAGGUGAAUCCUCGGCUGUAAAAUAAGGAAAAGUUAAAACCUGGUUAGUUGUCAGAGACUUGAAAAUUCUUUACCACAAAAGUUUAAACAAAAAAGUGAUUAUUUAACAACAGAAGACAAAUUAAUGAUCCUUUACACUAAGCUUGAAGUAACCUCUGCCUGUGGGUAAGAAAGUUAGGAUGGUGCCAGACUGACUUGUGAGGUGUGGUUUUUCUUACCUGCAGUGGACCUGGCCAGCGUCCUGACACCCGAGGUCAUGGCGCCCAUCCUGGUGAACCCCGAGGUGCAGCAGAGGUUGAUGCCUUAUCUGCCGUCAGGAGAGUCUCUGCCUCAGAGCUCAGAGGAGCUCCACAACACGCUCAGCUCGCCGCAGUUUCAGCAGGUACACCUUUGACUCCGCUGUUAAUCAGCUUUUCACCAUCAUAGAUUUAUUUCUCUGUUUUCUGAAAGUUUAUCUUGAAAUAAAAAGUGUUUCCUUUCAUUUCUUUAACAUGCAGAGAGUUUAAGAUUCAGGGUGAUGAGAUAGUUUCAGGCUGCACAUUUAAUAAUCACACAAACCUCUCUCUCCAUGCUUUUAGCUUCUGGGCUGAAUUUGACAUUUGAACAUUUUUCUGUCCUUUAGGCACAGCGGGUUAAAUUAAAGUUCAGCAGUGUUCAUUAUGAAGCUGUUUGGUUGGUUUUCAGCCUCCUGUUGUGGUUUUUGUCCUAAUUCUUGGUAUUUAUUGUGUCUCUGCAGGCUAUGAGCAUGUUCAGCAGCGCUCUAGCGUCCGGGCAGUUAGGGCCUCUAAUGAACCAGUUUGGUUUGCCUGCAGAGGCUGUCGACGCGGCAAACAAAGGAGGUCAGUGUUUAAUCACCCGGAGACGUUAUAACAGCACAUUUUACUGCCUGAAAACUCAAGAAUCAUCGUCCACUUAAAAGUUUCAUUUCUUUUUUACACGAGUGAAUUUCAACUUAAUACGUUAUAAUAGGAAUAAACUGAAAAUACUUCUACUUUAUGUUUUUACUUCUUAAUUAUUCUUCUCUAUACUCAAGGGUAAAACAGCACUUUUUACUAAACUGCAAUAGAGCAACCUUAGAGGUCAGAUCCUGUCUGCCAAAUACAAUAUUAUACUGCAAUAAAAACUCAACCCAUCAGGAGGUGAAACACAGUUAGAGGUUAUUUUACACAUUUAAAUUUCAGAUAAAGAAAACAUGUAAUCAUAUCACAUAUGAUUCAGUGUAUCGUUGGUAUUUAUUCUCUGUGAGCAUGUUCAGCCGUACUUUAGCUUCCAGGCCUCUGCAUGUGUCUAUCUCUUGUUUAUCCUCUCCUGUACAUGGUUAGAUCAUAUUCUCUGCUCUCUAUGGGCGCGUCCCAUAAAGAGGUUAUGCCUCAAGCAGUCAGCCUGGGUUCAACUCCAGCCUCCUGCAUGUCCCUCCCUGCUCUCUCUCUCUCUUUCUCCUCAUUUCCUGCUCCGUCCUCUGUCCUGUCCUCACUGAAUAAGAGGCAAUAAAAUCCCAAAAGUAUCACUUCAUAAAAUCUCACCCUGCUUCGUUUUAACAGUCAAAUAUCACCCGCUUUGACUUCCUGAUGCCCAAAAAAGUAAAAAGGUGGUUUUCCCUCACUGUGCUCUAAAUUGUCUCAGCUGACGCUUUUUUUUGGAGCAGUUGCAAGUGUUAAAAACUACAGUAUAGAUAUUGUUCGCAUUUAAAAACUGCUUAAGCAAACAAGACAAUUAACAGAAAGUGACCAUGGUUAAUUUCAGUCUGUUGUUUCAUAACUUCUAACUGGAGCUUUAAAGCAAACAUACGAUAAAACCACAAUACUCAAAAACAUAACUAACCCUUUCUUUAAAGCUCCUGUAAGGAUUUUUUGGUUUGUUUAAAUCAUCUUCAUUUUUCAGGAGCGUCUUAAAACAGAAAUCUUAUCCUGCUGACUUUUUACAGAUGAAUGAAUCAUUUAUUGUGAUUAUAUCAUGUGGAAAAUGUUAAAGAUGCUCAGCUGACACCUCCCCCUUGCUUUAAAAAUUACAGUUUAUAAAUGGCUAAUCUUCUGGUCCUGUUUGUUUUUGUGUAUCAUAAAGAGGCAUCAGUCUGAUCAUCCCAGCUUCAAUCAUUAAGAGUUUUGACGGCAGAUUUUUACAGGUUUCUGUCUUUUCUGUGCGUUUGAAGGUUGGCUGUGAUAAUCCGUCACUGUGUUGACAUUAUGUAAGAUGAAAUAACAAUGGUUUGACAUUUGCUUCACUGCUUUCUUUACAUUUCUCUCUCUGCAGACGUGGAGGCUUUCGCUAAAGCCAUGGAAACGGAGACGAAGUCAGACCAUGAGGGCGACUCCAAAGACAAGAAGGACGACGAUGAAGACAUGAGUCUGGAUUAAAACAUACUAACAUGAUUAAUUUAACAUAUUUAUUUAGCUGCUUCUUUGUUUUGUAACGAUUAAACACUAAGGAUUAAGAUUAUGAUUUAGUAGAAACUGUCACUAAGACUCCUCGUGGCUGAUGAUGCUUUAACCUCCAACCGUGUACUCAGUUGAUAUAAACUGACCUAAUACAAAGACCAUGAGUUCAACCUGCAUGUCAGCUUCUAGUCUGAGCGGUGCAAACACAUGAGAAGAGUAAAAAUCAUGGAAAGAAAUCAAACUG